UAGCUCGGCCUCCUCAGUUACUUUCAUGUGUACAUGUAUUGUGCUCCUAGUCCAAGUUUGGACACACUCCAGUGCUAUUAACGUGAAAUUGUCCAAACCUUUUCAAGAUUGUUUAGGUACCGUUAACCCACUAUAAGUAUAUCAAUUGUUAAUUUAUCCGACAAUCUAUUUUUAGAACGUCCUAGGUUUGGUUAUUUGCAACCACAAAGCCCAUAUCACCACAUAUUUUUUUAAAACUUUGUUUUCAAACAUAGUCUUGGUCAUGUUUUAGUGUUUGGAUUAAGUCUAGUUUGUGUGUUGCUGUACAACGCCAGUAAUAAAAGCCAUUUUCGCCCGGUUGAAAGGCGAACCUGAGAGAAGCGAGCGUCAGCAGUUGACCCACUUUUGACGGUACCGGAGCCUCCCACAACAAGCCGGAGCCAGGAAGCUGCGGUCGCCAGGCACUUGGAGGAAGUUCUUGAAGUUCCACAUCUGCCGUCCAAACUUUGAAGACGUGGUACUCGCUCGCUGCUGACAGUUCGCUGCUACCUAUCAUUCAUCACUUAUUAAAUAUUUUCUCCCUUCGAGAUCCAGUGGACAACGGAGUCUGUGCACGAUGUCUGUCGCUGGGAUUAGGAAGCAAUUUUAUAAAGCCAGUCAGAUGGUGAGUGAGAAGGUCGGCGGUGCGGAAGGAACUAAGCUGGAUGACGAUUUCAAGGACCUCGAAAGGAGAGCCGAUGUGACCAGCAAAGCAGUAGUUGAAGUCAUCAAUAAAACAACAGAAUACCUCCAGCCAAACCCAGCCUACAGAGCUAAACUGUCCAUGCUCAACACGGUGUCAAAAAUCCGCGGGCAGGUGAAAAGUCCUGGCUACCCGCAGUCCGAGGGCCUGCUAGCAGAAUGCAUGAUUAAAUAUGGAGCGGACAUGGGCGAGCACAACAACUUUGGUGGCGCUCUCAUGGAUAUUGGAGAAUCGAUGAAGAAGUUGGCCGACGUCAAGGACAGACUGGACAUUGACGUAAAGCAGAAUUUUCUUGACCCGUUGCAAGGAGUCGUUGAGAAGGACAUCAAAGAUAUUCAGCACCAUUUGAAGAAGAUGGAAGGCCGCCGCCUGGACUACGACUAUAAAAAGAAACGUCAGGGUAAAAUUCCAGAUGAAGAGAUCAGGCAGUCCCUGGAGAAGUUCCAUGAGUCCAAAGACAUGGCUGAGAGUUCCAUGUACAACCUCCUGGAGACUGAUGUGGAACAGGUUAGCCAGCUGGCAUCUUUUGUGGAAUCCAUGCUACAGUACCACAGAAGCGCCACAGAGAUUCUGGAGGAACUUUCUGCCGAUCUCACAAGAAGGGUGAACGAAUGUCAGUCGCAACCAAGACGCGAGUAUAGACCCAAACCCCGACAGAGCUUUGACUAUGGAGAGACUGAGCAGUCCAAUGGCAGUUACUCACCAGCUCCAACAAGCCCUCCAGCUUACUCUCCAGGUCCCUUCGUCCCAAGAACUUCCAUCAAGAACAGAGCGCCAGCCGAGCCAUGCUGCAAGGCGCUGUACGACUUUGACCCCGAGAACGAGAACGAGUUGGGCUUCCGCGAGGGGGACACCAUCACCUUGGUCAGUUACAUUGACGAGAACUGGUUUGAGGGAAAGCUUCAUGGCAAGACGGGAUACUUCCCCAACAACUAUGUCGAAGUGAUCGUUCCGCUGUCACAAUGAACGCGAUGUGGCAGUGUAAAAUGGGGAAUGUAACUAGGAGGAUGGUCCACUCAAGCGAGAAAAAUAAGCAUCUCAUGAGGGCGCAUUUUGCUAUCCUUCAUCGUUUGGUCAAAAGCAUUGUCAUUUUUCACUUUCAAAAGAAGGACCAAAGGUUUUUAAGUUACAAAAGCUCCAUUGAAAUGCUUGGGUGCAUUUGCUACACUCCCAAGUCCAUCCAUCUGUUUUCCAAGCCGUUGAUCCUCACAAGGGCUUUGACCUGUAAUAUACAUGUGCACCAGUGCAUUAUUACUUAAGAUAAAUCUUUCAGGAAGCUUUCCCAACACUAGCAUGCGCACUAACUUUAUUCAUAUAGUCACUAUGCAAUUAGAAUACCUUUUGAUUAUUGUCGCUAAACACAUUUUUAUUUAUUUGUGCCCACCCCCAUCCUGCUGGAGUCGUUAUAAAGGUCAGCUCUUUUAGCUAAUCCAGUACUGCCACCUAGUGUUGUUUACUGGUUGAAACCUAAUGUCUCCAAUCUGAUUCUGAAAUUCCUUUUUGUUUUUUUUAAACUAAGAAAUAUACUUGUUUGCUUAAAGAGUGGUAUUUGUAGAAAUCGUCUUUAUCAUAUAGAAAAUGCCACAGGGGUUUUGCAUCUUGGCUGUUUAUAGCUCAUAGCAUAUCGGCAAACACAAUGUCACAAAAAGUAUAAAUACCUAAAUAAUAAUGGUCUAGUUGGAGAGUCUUUAAUUCUUCUGCCUGUCACUAUAUACUAUAUAUUCUCUGUCACUGGCAUUGAAUGAUGAACAAAGACUCACUUUUAGUGAAUAACUUUCCCAUCUCACUGUGGUUUAGAAAUGCUGGACUAACCUAUAGUUGAUGUCACUUUAUAUGAACACUAAUAAUAUUUCUUGGACGUAUAAUUCAAAUAUUAGCUUUUAUUUGCCACACAGACAAGACCACACAUCAGGUCCCGUUGAAUGCAUUUUAAAAACUCUUAAUUGUACGAUUUGACACAGCUCGAGCAUUGUUCUUUUGCGCUUUACUUCCCUCCCCCCACCAUCUUUAACAGGUUCCAUUUAACACAAAAAAAGGAAGUGCAAUGUCCAUCCAUCCAUUUUCUGUACCUCUUAUCCUCACUUGGGUCGGGGGCGCUGCAAAGCUAAGUAGCGCUUUACUACUUUUUUUUUUUUUUUUUUGGUUUAAUGUACUCCAACCAUUGAUAGAUAGUGAAAGUGUGUUAGCAAUACUUUUUGCUUCCGCUCCUUUACUUUCCCAAGUUUGAUCGAUGCUGCUGGCAGUGUCGCUUAUGUCCGUCAGUGAAUUGCUUGCCUGUGAUUUGUUUUUGUCAAGAUGGUGGACGACCCAUAACCUUUUUGUAUUUCAACCUUUAAUUGGAAGCGUGUAAAUUGCUCUGUGUAUUGGGCCAAAUGCUGCACCAGAAUAGACUGAUUAUGGAUAACCCAUCUAUUGUGCACAGAGUUUACCAACUACAGAGACUCCCAUGACACUGUGCCCGUUUUCAUUUUGAUAUACAAGCAGGCAGUGAAAUCCGAUGGUCCGCUCGAUUCCCCAAAAUGCUGAAUUUCACCACCACGCUCGACUCUGCCAUCACUGUUUGAACCUUGAGUGGAAAAGACAUUUCUUUUCAGGAAGACAGACACACAGCAGAGGAUUAUGCUCUCCGCCUCUUGUCUUUAUUCACCACCUGCCUCCUGUUCCCCCUGCGCCCUGUCUCAUUAUCUGGCCCCAUCCCAAUCCCAUGGUGCCUUAUGGAGCUCUGGUUCAUCGCUGGAAUAAUCUUGUUGUAGAUUUAUAUGCAUCUGAAUGUUGUUUGCAUUCCUCCUGAUGCCGUUCGUUUGUUGUUUUGUUGUUGGCGGUGGUCGUCUGUCCUGAAGAAUAAUUUCAGUACAUGUUUUAGGUGUGUGUUUACAUGCCUCAUUACACUAAAUCAAAGCAGGGUCAUAUUUUGGAUAGUACUAAAGAUUAAUAAUGACUAGGAAUGGAGGACUUCAUCUAGAGGGCUUCUUGGUUGUCGUCGUAUAAAGGCUGCAACUGACCUUUAUUACAACACUAAAUUCCAAAAGAGACUUACGUGUCGCACCAUUAAUGAAGGAUGUGGUUUAUUUAAUUACACUUUAUGUUCUAUCUCGAAAUAUAACCUCUUUGCAUGCAUCUUUAUUUACAAUGUUUUAUAUGUAAUUUGGUGACUGUGAGACAUGGGGAGAUUAAAAAAUGGGAUUAUCCUGGAUUAUCUUGAGGAUAUGUGGAUUACCUCUGUAUGAUGUUUAAUUUUUGUUAAUUUUAUGUAUUAUAUAUAAAAGGGGGGAUGGAGGCUGUCAAUUUGUUUAUUGAAAUAAAUA